AGUUCUAUUCUAACUGCUAGUUCUAUUCUCUCUCUCUCUCUGCUCUGCCCCUUAGAUUCUAACGUCUAGUUUGAAGAAACAAAAUGCACCCUCGGAUUCUCUCUCCUCUGCCUGCUUUCACUUUCGCUGCUCCUCUCUCUCUCUCUCUCUGUGCGCGCGGAAAGGCAGUGAUUUUCAAGCGGCAGAUCAGGGCAUUCACUGCUUUCCUUUCUUCGAGAGGUUCCGACAUUGCAGUCGACGGAAGCUAUAGAUUUUGAAGCUCUCGAAUCGUAGAGGAGGAGGAGGAGGAGGAGGAGGGAAGAUGUCGAAGGUCCCUCCUGAGCAUCUUCAAGAAGCAAACUUCCCCCAAAGAUGCCCUCAGGACGAGCAAGAAGGAAGUGGCGGUUGCUGCUACACGAGGGUCACAGAUUUGGUCCGACGUGGGCAUGACACUCAUAUCCCAUUUAACGUUCAUCGGAGGCGAAAGAGGGACAACUCUGGCAACGGAGGUCUUCCUAUUCUUGGAAGCGGCCCCGUUGGCCUUGGGGACGAAGUUCUCUCUGACAAUCCUGAACUCAGAGUCCCACUUCCUAGAGAGCUUGUUAGCUCUCUGGUCGUUGGGUCUCACGUCCUUCUAAUUCUUUGCCCUCUUAUGGUUAUAUUUAAAUUUCUUGUUGCACGUCAUUAUCUUAUUGGCCAGUUGUGUCGGAACAACCUCGAGACGGUGGUGGACCAGAGGGCUUUUCGUCGGAGGAGUCGGCUGCCAAACUAAGCCCCAGAGUAUCAGGAAGUGCUAGGAUAGACUCCACUUCGAUGUUUUUCUGGCACAACUAGUGAACAUGAUUAGGACGUGGAAGAUGAAAUUCAAAGAUAAGUGCGAAGAAUGGGAAGACUGUGAGGCCCAACGACCGGAAGAGGACUUACGAGCUCUCCGGGAAGCUCUGCAACUCGGAGGAGGGGAUUAUCGGAGAGAACUCUGUCCCCAAGGCCAAUGGGACUGCUUGCAAGAAGAGGAAGACCUCCACUGUUGUCCCUCUUAACCAUCCGAUGAUGGUUAAAGGUGAUAUGGGUGUUAUGGCCAUGUUAGAUUGAAUCUAUGACCCGAAGAAAUUCGAAGGAAUGGGAUUGUUAAAACCGUAGCUCGAGCGCGCCAUGAGAGGUACAUUGAACCUCUUCCACGGACAAGCCCAUCACACUCUCCGAGCGACAAAAGGCAUUAUGGGGCCCUUUUUUCCUCAUUCGAGAACUAGGAGGCUCGAUGAGUCCCCCCAGCGCCCGGGAGGCGCAUCGAAACUCCCAAAGAUUUGUCAAGCCUCCCAAGGACGGGAUGCUCGACAGGCCCCUACCUUGAUCGCAAUUCAGUUGGCCUUGGACUCAGUUGAUGACAGUUCAGAGAGGAUCAGGUAUAUUCCUAGCUGCUCCUGUAAUAAUAUCAACGUCUUACACACAAAAAAAGUAAGUUCACUUGUUCCAGUAUAGAGGUUUUGACUCUCUUUCGAAGGGAAUUCAUCGAGGGGGUUCUUCGGGCAACACUCCCCAGGCCCUGGCUAACCUGUUGGGCCUCCAGGCAGUGGCAUGAAACAUGAGAGAUUGGUGGUGAAAACUAACGCGAGAAGAUUUCCGAGGAGACGAGAGGAGCGAAGCAGACAACGCAGUUUCCGAGAAAGAUUAUUUCUGGUGGGAGAGAUUAUGCACAGGGAGUCUUUGUUUUCGCAUCGCAUGUUUUUCGAAAAGAGCUGUAAAGGAAAAGCAUAGAUCCAGAACAGUCAGCAAAUGCUUUUGCAUAGAUAGAAAUCCCCGAUGGUAUAAGUUUUCAGUCAUAGAGCUAACAUGUUUCGUUUUGCUUUGAUGGAGUGAGAAACUGUAAUGAGCAGAUUCCAAACUCUUUUUACCCUGCUCGGCAUUAUUGUCGAAUUUGAUAUGUCGUCGAUCGAUAUUAGUCCCCCGUUAAUACAUUA